AUGUAUCGUAUCUCAAAUAUCUACGUGCUCGCCGCGUUCGGCACCAUCGGCGGAGCGCUAUUCGGCUUCGAUGUGAGCUCGAUGAGUGCCUGGAUUGGCGUUGACACCUAUAACGAUUAUUUCGGAAACCCCAAUUCUGAUCUUCAGGAGGAGUCAAUUACGGCCUCCAUGUCGGCCGGCUCCUUCGCCGGCUCCAUUGCAGCAGGUUGGCUAUCAGAUUAUCUCGGCCGCCGAGGCUCAUUGAUGAUUGCCGCCUUGGUAUGGGUCGUCGGGGCCAUGGUGCAAUGUAGCGCCCAAAAUGUCACACACCUCGUCGCCGGGCGUGUGGUCAGCGGACUCGCCGUUGGAGUAACGUCGUCACAGACUUGCGUCUACCUAUCCGAGCUUGCACCGGCACGUAUUCGAGGCCGUGUUGUCGGAAUUCAACAAUGGGCUAUUGAAUGGGGUAUCCUGAUCAUGUACCUGAUUGCCUAUGGCUGCGUGGUCGGUGUCUCAGGUACAGCCGCGUUCCGGAUCUGCUGGGGAAUUCAAGCUGUUCCUGGAGUGAUCCUGUUUAUUGCGCUGUUCUUCUUUCCGGAGUCACCACGUUGGCUAGCGAGUAAGGAGCGUUGGGAAGAAGCGUUGGAUGUGUUGGCUGAUAUCCAUGGGAAGGGGAACCGCAAUGAUCCUGUGGUGCAAGUGGAAUUCGAAGAAGUUCAGGAGGCGGCAAGAAUUGCCCACCAGGCCAAGGAUGUUUCUUUCCUUGCGUUAUUCGGACCUCGGAUCUGGAAGCGAACUGCCUGUGGUAUGAGUGUUCAAAUGUGGCAGCAAUUGCUAGGUGGUAAUGUGGCUAUGUACUACGUUGUGUACAUCUUUGAGAUGGCUGGAAUGACUGGAAACACUACUCUCUGGUCCUCGGCUAUCCAAUAUGUUAUCUUCUUGGUCACGACUGGUGUCAUGCUGCCCUUUAUCGAUCGCGUUGGUCGACGAACCUUGCUUUUGACAGGCUCUGUUCUCUGUAUGAUCGUGCACUUUAUCAUCGCAGGUGUCAUGGCUAGUCACGGCCACGCCGUCUCAAAUGUGAACGGCAACACCAAUCUUACCUGGGAGAUCCAGGGUAGUGCAGGCAUGGCAGUCAUCGCCUUCUCUUACAUUUUCACCGGUAUCUAUGGGUUCACCUGGGCCCCAACGGGAUGGAUCUACGCCUCAGAAGUCUUCCCUCUCAAGUACCGUGCUAAGGGCGUUGGUCUCUCAGCCUCCGCAAAUUGGAUCUUCAAUUUUGCCCUGGCCUACUUCGUAGCCCCGGCAUUCCACAACAUCCAGUGGAAGACAUACAUAAUUUUCGGUGUAUUCUGCUGCGUAAUGACCUUCCACGUUUUCUUCAUGUACCCCGAGACUGUGGGUCGGUCUCUGGAGGAGAUUGAUAUGGUCUUCGACUCGACUGUCAAGCCUUGGAAGACCAAUCAGAUUGAGGAUACAUUUGGGGCGGAGAUUGAGAAGAAGAAGGAGGGGAAGAUCAAGGAAGUGGAUGCUGUUCACGAGGAGGUUGUUUGA